AUGGGUGUACACUUUGGGCCAAGGCGCCCCAACCAGUUUUGGUUGGGCGCGUCCCAACCCCACUCUGCCACAAUUGCCCACCUCACCCUUCCCCCUCGCGUCCUCCUCCUAAGGGCCAUCCAGCCCUCCUCAACCUUCCCCCUCGCGUCCUCCUCCCAAGGGCCAUCCGGCCCUCCUCAACCUUCCCCCUCGCGUCCUCCUCCCAAGGGCCAUCCGGCCCUCCUCAACCUUCCCCCCUCGCGUCCUCCUCCCAAGGGCCAUCCGGCCCUCCUCAACCUUCCCCCCUCGCGUCCUCCUCCCAAGGGCCAUCCGGCCCUCCUCAACCUUCCCCCCUCGCGUCCUCCUCCCAAGGGCCAUCCGGCCCUCCUCAACCUUCCCCCCUCGCGUCCUCCUCCCAAGGGCCAUCCGGCCCUCCUCAACCUUCCCCCCUCGCGUCCUCCUCCCAAGGGCCAUCCGGCCCUCCUCAACCUUCCCCCCUCGCGUCCUCCUCCCAAGGGCCAUCCGGCCCUCCUCAACCUUCCCCCCUCGCGUCCUCCUCCCAAGGGCCAUCCGGCCCUCCUCAACCUUCCCCCCUCGCGUCCUCCUCCCAAGGGCCAUCCGGCCCUCCUCAACCUUCCCCCCUCGCGUCCUCCUCCCAAGGGCCAUCCGGCCCUCCUCAACCUUCCCCCCUCGCGUCCUCCUCCCAAGGGCCAUCCGGCCCUCCUCAACCUUCCCCCCUCGCGUCCUCCUCCCAAGGGCCAUCCGGCCCUCCUCAACCUUCCCCCCUCGCGUCCUCCUCCCAAGGGCCAUCCGGCCCUCCUCAACCUUCCCCCCUCGCGUCCUCCUCCCAAGGGCCAUCCGGCCCUCCUCAACCUUCCCCCCUCGCGUCCUCCUCCCAAGGGCCAUCCGGCCCUCCUCAACCUUCCCCCCUCGCGUCCUCCUCCCAAGGGCCAUCCGGCCCUCCUCAACCUUCCCCCCUCGCGUCCUCCUCCCAAGGGCCAUCCGGCCCUCCUCAACCUUCCCCCCUCGCGUCCUCCUCCCAAGGGCCAUCCGGCCCUCCUCAACCUUCCCCCCUCGCGUCCUCCUCCCAAGGGCCAUCCGGCCCUCCUCAACCUUCCCCCCUCGCGUCCUCCUCCCAAGGGCCAUCCGGCCCUCCUCAACCUUCCCCCCUCGCGUCCUCCUCCCAAGGGCCAUCCGGCCCUCCUCAACCUUCCCCCCUCGCGUCCUCCUCCCAAGGGCCAUCCGGCCCUCCUCAACCUUCCCCCCUCGCGUCCUCCUCCCAAGGGCCAUCCGGCCCUCCUCAACCUUCCCCCCUCGCGUCCUCCUCCCAAGGGCCAUCCGGCCCUCCUCAACCUUCCCCCCUCGCGUCCUCCUCCCAAGGGCCAUCCGGCCCUCCUCAACCUUCCCCCCUCGCGUCCUCCUCCCAAGGGCCAUCCGGCCCUCCUCAACCUUCCCCCCUCGCGUCCUCCUCCCAAGGGCCAUCCGGCCCUCCUCAACCUUCCCCCCUCGCGUCCUCCUCCCAAGGGCCAUCCGGCCCUCCUCAACCUUCCCCCCUCGCGUCCUCCUCCCAAGGGCCAUCCGGCCCUCCUCAACCUUCCCCCCUCGCGUCCUCCUCCCAAGGGCCAUCCGGCCCUCCUCAACCUUCCCCCCUCGCGUCCUCCUCCCAAGGGCCAUCCGGCCCUCCUCAACCUUCCCCCCUCGCGUCCUCCUCCCAAGGGCCAUCCGGCCCUCCUCAACCUUCCCCCCUCGCGUCCUCCUCCCAAGGGCCAUCCGGCCCUCCUCAACCUUCCCCCCUCGCGUCCUCCUCCCAAGGGCCAUCCGGCCCUCCUCAACCUUCCCCCCUCGCGUCCUCCUCCCAAGGGCCAUCCGGCCCUCCUCAACCUUCCCCCCUCGCGUCCUCCUCCCAAGGGCCAUCCGGCCCUCCUCAACCUUCCCCCCUCGCGUCCUCCUCCCAAGGGCCAUCCGGCCCUCCUCAACCUUCCCCCCUCGCGUCCUCCUCCCAAGGGCCAUCCGGCCCUCCUCAACCUUCCCCCCUCGCGUCCUCCUCCCAAGGGCCAUCCGGCCCUCCUCAACCUUCCCCCCUCGCGUCCUCCUCCCAAGGGCCAUCCGGCCCUCCUCAACCUUCCCCCCUCGCGUCCUCCUCCCAAGGGCCAUCCGGCCCUCCUCAACCUUCCCCCCUCGCGUCCUCCUCCCAAGGGCCAUCCGGCCCUCCUCAACCUUCCCCCCUCGCGUCCUCCUCCCAAGGGCCAUCCGGCCCUCCUCAACCUUCCCCCCUCGCGUCCUCCUCCCAAGGGCCAUCCGGCCCUCCUCAACCUUCCCCCCUCGCGUCCUCCUCCCAAGGGCCAUCCGGCCCUCCUCAACCUUCCCCCCUCGCGUCCUCCUCCCAAGGGCCAUCCGGCCCUCCUCAACCUUCCCCCCUCGCGUCCUCCUCCCAAGGGCCAUCCGGCCCUCCUCAACCUUCCCCCCUCGCGUCCUCCUCCCAAGGGCCAUCCGGCCCUCCUCAACCUUCCCCCCUCGCGUCCUCCUCCCAAGGGCCAUCCGGCCCUCCUCAACCUUCCCCCCUCGCGUCCUCCUCCCAAGGGCCAUCCGGCCCUCCUCAACCUUCCCCCCUCGCGUCCUCCUCCCAAGGGCCAUCCGGCCCUCCUCAACCUUCCCCCCUCGCGUCCUCCUCCCAAGGGCCAUCCGGCCCUCCUCAACCUUCCCCCCUCGCGUCCUCCUCCCAAGGGCCAUCCGGCCCUCCUCAACCUUCCCCCCUCGCGUCCUCCUCCCAAGGGCCAUCCGGCCCUCCUCAACCUUCCCCCCUCGCGUCCUCCUCCCAAGGGCCAUCCGGCCCUCCUCAACCUUCCCCCCUCGCGUCCUCCUCCCAAGGGCCAUCCGGCCCUCCUCAACCUUCCCCCCUCGCGUCCUCCUCCCAAGGGCCAUCCGGCCCUCCUCAACCUUCCCCCCUCGCGUCCUCCUCCCAAGGGCCAUCCGGCCCUCCUCAACCUUCCCCCCUCGCGUCCUCCUCCCAAGGGCCAUCCGGCCCUCCUCAACCUUCCCCCCUCGCGUCCUCCUCCCAAGGGCCAUCCGGCCCUCCUCAACCUUCCCCCCUCGCGUCCUCCUCCCAAGGGCCAUCCGGCCCUCCUCAACCUUCCCCCCUCGCGUCCUCCUCCCAAGGGCCAUCCGGCCCUCCUCAACCUUCCCCCCUCGCGUCCUCCUCCCAAGGGCCAUCCGGCCCUCCUCAACCUUCCCCCCUCGCGUCCUCCUCCCAAGGGCCAUCCGGCCCUCCUCAACCUUCCCCCCUCGCGUCCUCCUCCCAAGGGCCAUCCGGCCCUCCUCAACCUUCCCCCCUCGCGUCCUCCUCCCAAGGGCCAUCCGGCCCUCCUCAACCUUCCCCCCUCGCGUCCUCCUCCCAAGGGCCAUCCGGCCCUCCUCAACCUUCCCCCCUCGCGUCCUCCUCCCAAGGGCCAUCCGGCCCUCCUCAACCUUCCCCCCUCGCGUCCUCCUCCCAAGGGCCAUCCGGCCCUCCUCAACCUUCCCCCCUCGCGUCCUCCUCCCAAGGGCCAUCCGGCCCUCCUCAACCUUCCCCCCUCGCGUCCUCCUCCCAAGGGCCAUCCGGCCCUCCUCAACCUUCCCCCCUCGCGUCCUCCUCCCAAGGGCCAUCCGGCCCUCCUCAACCUUCCCCCCUCGCGUCCUCCUCCCAAGGGCCAUCCGGCCCUCCUCAACCUUCCCCCCUCGCGUCCUCCUCCCAAGGGCCAUCCGGCCCUCCUCAACCUUCCCCCCUCGCGUCCUCCUCCCAAGGGCCAUCCGGCCCUCCUCAACCUUCCCCCCUCGCGUCCUCCUCCCAAGGGCCAUCCGGCCCUCCUCAACCUUCCCCCCUCGCGUCCUCCUCCCAAGGGCCAUCCGGCCCUCCUCAACCUUCCCCCCUCGCGUCCUCCUCCCAAGGGCCAUCCGGCCCUCCUCAACCUUCCCCCCUCGCGUCCUCCUCCCAAGGGCCAUCCGGCCCUCCUCAACCUUCCCCCCUCGCGUCCUCCUCCCAAGGGCCAUCCGGCCCUCCUCAACCUUCCCCCCUCGCGUCCUCCUCCCAAGGGCCAUCCGGCCCUCCUCAACCUUCCCCCCUCGCGUCCUCCUCCCAAGGGCCAUCCGGCCCUCCUCAACCUUCCCCCCUCGCGUCCUCCUCCCAAGGGCCAUCCGGCCCUCCUCAACCUUCCCCCCUCGCGUCCUCCUCCCAAGGGCCAUCCGGCCCUCCUCAACCUUCCCCCCUCGCGUCCUCCUCCCAAGGGCCAUCCGGCCCUCCUCAACCUUCCCCCCUCGCGUCCUCCUCCCAAGGGCCAUCCGGCCCUCCUCAACCUUCCCCCCUCGCGUCCUCCUCCCAAGGGCCAUCCGGCCCUCCUCAACCUUCCCCCCUCGCGUCCUCCUCCCAAGGGCCAUCCGGCCCUCCUCAACCUUCCCCCCUCGCGUCCUCCUCCCAAGGGCCAUCCGGCCCUCCUCAACCUUCCCCCCUCGCGUCCUCCUCCCAAGGGCCAUCCGGCCCUCCUCAACCUUCCCCCCUCGCGUCCUCCUCCCAAGGGCCAUCCGGCCCUCCUCAACCUUCCCCCCUCGCGUCCUCCUCCCAAGGGCCAUCCGGCCCUCCUCAACCUUCCCCCCUCGCGUCCUCCUCCCAAGGGCCAUCCGGCCCUCCUCAACCUUCCCCCCUCGCGUCCUCCUCCCAAGGGCCAUCCGGCCCUCCUCAACCUUCCCCCCUCGCGUCCUCCUCCCAAGGGCCAUCCGGCCCUCCUCAACCUUCCCCCCUCGCGUCCUCCUCCCAAGGGCCAUCCGGCCCUCCUCAACCUUCCCCCCUCGCGUCCUCCUCCCAAGGGCCAUCCGGCCCUCCUCAACCUUCCCCCCUCGCGUCCUCCUCCCAAGGGCCAUCCGGCCCUCCUCAACCUUCCCCCCUCGCGUCCUCCUCCCAAGGGCCAUCCGGCCCUCCUCAACCUUCCCCCCUCGCGUCCUCCUCCCAAGGGCCAUCCGGCCCUCCUCAACCUUCCCCCCUCGCGUCCUCCUCCCAAGGGCCAUCCGGCCCUCCUCAACCUUCCCCCCUCGCGUCCUCCUCCCAAGGGCCAUCCGGCCCUCCUCAACCUUCCCCCCUCGCGUCCUCCUCCCAAGGGCCAUCCGGCCCUCCUCAACCUUCCCCCCUCGCGUCCUCCUCCCAAGGGCCAUCCGGCCCUCCUCAACCUUCCCCCCUCGCGUCCUCCUCCCAAGGGCCAUCCGGCCCUCCUCAACCUUCCCCCCUCGCGUCCUCCUCCCAAGGGCCAUCCGGCCCUCCUCAACCUUCCCCCCUCGCGUCCUCCUCCCAAGGGCCAUCCGGCCCUCCUCAACCUUCCCCCCUCGCGUCCUCCUCCCAAGGGCCAUCCGGCCCUCCUCAACCUUCCCCCCUCGCGUCCUCCUCCCAAGGGCCAUCCGGCCCUCCUCAACCUUCCCCCCUCGCGUCCUCCUCCCAAGGGCCAUCCGGCCCUCCUCAACCUUCCCCCCUCGCGUCCUCCUCCCAAGGGCCAUCCGGCCCUCCUCAACCUUCCCCCCUCGCGUCCUCCUCCCAAGGGCCAUCCGGCCCUCCUCAACCUUCCCCCCUCGCGUCCUCCUCCCAAGGGCCAUCCGGCCCUCCUCAACCUUCCCCCCUCGCGUCCUCCUCCCAAGGGCCAUCCGGCCCUCCUCAACCUUCCCCCCUCGCGUCCUCCUCCCAAGGGCCAUCCGGCCCUCCUCAACCUUCCCCCCUCGCGUCCUCCUCCCAAGGGCCAUCCGGCCCUCCUCAACCUUCCCCCCUCGCGUCCUCCUCCCAAGGGCCAUCCGGCCCUCCUCAACCUUCCCCCCUCGCGUCCUCCUCCCAAGGGCCAUCCGGCCCUCCUCAACCUUCCCCCCUCGCGUCCUCCUCCCAAGGGCCAUCCGGCCCUCCUCAACCUUCCCCCCUCGCGUCCUCCUCCCAAGGGCCAUCCGGCCCUCCUCAACCUUCCCCCCUCGCGUCCUCCUCCCAAGGGCCAUCCGGCCCUCCUCAACCUUCCCCCCUCGCGUCCUCCUCCCAAGGGCCAUCCGGCCCUCCUCAACCUUCCCCCCUCGCGUCCUCCUCCCAAGGGCCAUCCGGCCCUCCUCAACCUUCCCCCCUCGCGUCCUCCUCCCAAGGGCCAUCCGGCCCUCCUCAACCUUCCCCCCUCGCGUCCUCCUCCCAAGGGCCAUCCGGCCCUCCUCAACCUUCCCCCCUCGCGUCCUCCUCCCAAGGGCCAUCCGGCCCUCCUCAACCUUCCCCCCUCGCGUCCUCCUCCCAAGGGCCAUCCGGCCCUCCUCAACCUUCCCCCCUCGCGUCCUCCUCCCAAGGGCCAUCCGGCCCUCCUCAACCUUCCCCCCUCGCGUCCUCCUCCCAAGGGCCAUCCGGCCCUCCUCAACCUUCCCCCCUCGCGUCCUCCUCCCAAGGGCCAUCCGGCCCUCCUCAACCUUCCCCCCUCGCGUCCUCCUCCCAAGGGCCAUCCGGCCCUCCUCAACCUUCCCCCCUCGCGUCCUCCUCCCAAGGGCCAUCCGGCCCUCCUCAACCUUCCCCCCUCGCGUCCUCCUCCCAAGGGCCAUCCGGCCCUCCUCAACCUUCCCCCCUCGCGUCCUCCUCCCAAGGGCCAUCCGGCCCUCCUCAACCUUCCCCCCUCGCGUCCUCCUCCCAAGGGCCAUCCGGCCCUCCUCAACCUUCCCCCCUCGCGUCCUCCUCCCAAGGGCCAUCCGGCCCUCCUCAACCUUCCCCCCUCGCGUCCUCCUCCCAAGGGCCAUCCGGCCCUCCUCAACCUUCCCCCCUCGCGUCCUCCUCCCAAGGGCCAUCCGGCCCUCCUCAACCUUCCCCCCUCGCGUCCUCCUCCCAAGGGCCAUCCGGCCCUCCUCAACCUUCCCCCCUCGCGUCCUCCUCCCAAGGGCCAUCCGGCCCUCCUCAACCUUCCCCCCUCGCGUCCUCCUCCCAAGGGCCAUCCGGCCCUCCUCAACCUUCCCCCCUCGCGUCCUCCUCCCAAGGGCCAUCCGGCCCUCCUCAACCUUCCCCCCUCGCGUCCUCCUCCCAAGGGCCAUCCGGCCCUCCUCAACCUUCCCCCCUCGCGUCCUCCUCCCAAGGGCCAUCCGGCCCUCCUCAACCUUCCCCCCUCGCGUCCUCCUCCCAAGGGCCAUCCGGCCCUCCUCAACCUUCCCCCCUCGCGUCCUCCUCCCAAGGGCCAUCCGGCCCUCCUCAACCUUCCCCCCUCGCGUCCUCCUCCCAAGGGCCAUCCGGCCCUCCUCAACCUUCCCCCCUCGCGUCCUCCUCCCAAGGGCCAUCCGGCCCUCCUCAACCUUCCCCCCUCGCGUCCUCCUCCCAAGGGCCAUCCGGCCCUCCUCAACCUUCCCCCCUCGCGUCCUCCUCCCAAGGGCCAUCCGGCCCUCCUCAACCUUCCCCCCUCGCGUCCUCCUCCCAAGGGCCAUCCGGCCCUCCUCAACCUUCCCCCCUCGCGUCCUCCUCCCAAGGGCCAUCCGGCCCUCCUCAACCUUCCCCCCUCGCGUCCUCCUCCCAAGGGCCAUCCGGCCCUCCUCAACCUUCCCCCCUCGCGUCCUCCUCCCAAGGGCCAUCCGGCCCUCCUCAACCUUCCCCCCUCGCGUCCUCCUCCCAAGGGCCAUCCGGCCCUCCUCAACCUUCCCCCCUCGCGUCCUCCUCCCAAGGGCCAUCCGGCCCUCCUCAACCUUCCCCCCUCGCGUCCUCCUCCCAAGGGCCAUCCGGCCCUCCUCAACCUUCCCCCCUCGCGUCCUCCUCCCAAGGGCCAUCCGGCCCUCCUCAACCUUCCCCCCUCGCGUCCUCCUCCCAAGGGCCAUCCGGCCCUCCUCAACCUUCCCCCCUCGCGUCCUCCUCCCAAGGGCCAUCCGGCCCUCCUCAACCUUCCCCCCUCGCGUCCUCCUCCCAAGGGCCAUCCGGCCCUCCUCAACCUUCCCCCCUCGCGUCCUCCUCCCAAGGGCCAUCCGGCCCUCCUCAACCUUCCCCCCUCGCGUCCUCCUCCCAAGGGCCAUCCGGCCCUCCUCAACCUUCCCCCCUCGCGUCCUCCUCCCAAGGGCCAUCCGGCCCUCCUCAACCUUCCCCCCUCGCGUCCUCCUCCCAAGGGCCAUCCGGCCCUCCUCAACCUUCCCCCCUCGCGUCCUCCUCCCAAGGGCCAUCCGGCCCUCCUCAACCUUCCCCCCUCGCGUCCUCCUCCCAAGGGCCAUCCGGCCCUCCUCAACCUUCCCCCCUCGCGUCCUCCUCCCAAGGGCCAUCCGGCCCUCCUCAACCUUCCCCCCUCGCGUCCUCCUCCCAAGGGCCAUCCGGCCCUCCUCAACCUUCCCCCCUCGCGUCCUCCUCCCAAGGGCCAUCCGGCCCUCCUCAACCUUCCCCCCUCGCGUCCUCCUCCCAAGGGCCAUCCGGCCCUCCUCAACCUUCCCCCCUCGCGUCCUCCUCCCAAGGGCCAUCCGGCCCUCCUCAACCUUCCCCCCUCGCGUCCUCCUCCCAAGGGCCAUCCGGCCCUCCUCAACCUUCCCCCCUCGCGUCCUCCUCCCAAGGGCCAUCCGGCCCUCCUCAACCUUCCCCCCUCGCGUCCUCCUCCCAAGGGCCAUCCGGCCCUCCUCAACCUUCCCCCCUCGCGUCCUCCUCCCAAGGGCCAUCCGGCCCUCCUCAACCUUCCCCCCUCGCGUCCUCCUCCCAAGGGCCAUCCGGCCCUCCUCAACCUUCCCCCCUCGCGUCCUCCUCCCAAGGGCCAUCCGGCCCUCCUCAACCUUCCCCCCUCGCGUCCUCCUCCCAAGGGCCAUCCGGCCCUCCUCAACCUUCCCCCCUCGCGUCCUCCUCCCAAGGGCCAUCCGGCCCUCCUCAACCUUCCCCCCUCGCGUCCUCCUCCCAAGGGCCAUCCGGCCCUCCUCAACCUUCCCCCCUCGCGUCCUCCUCCCAAGGGCCAUCCGGCCCUCCUCAACCUUCCCCCCUCGCGUCCUCCUCCCAAGGGCCAUCCGGCCCUCCUCAAACCUUCCCCCCUCGCGUCCUCCUCCCAAGGGCCAUCCGGCCCUCCUCAACCUUCCCCCCUCGCGUCCUCCUCCCAAGGGCCAUCCGGCCCUCCUCAACCUUCCCCCCUCGCGUCCUCCUCCCAAGGGCCAUCCGGCCCUCCUCAACCUUCCCCCCUCGCGUCCUCCUCCCAAGGGCCAUCCGGCCCUCCUCAACCUUCCCCCCUCGCGUCCUCCUCCCAAGGGCCAUCCGGCCCUCCUCAACCUUCCCCCCUCGCGUCCUCCUCCCAAGGGCCAUCCGGCCCUCCUCAACCUUCCCCCCUCGCGUCCUCCUCCCAAGGGCCAUCCGGCCCUCCUCAACCUUCCCCCCUCGCGUCCUCCUCCCAAGGGCCAUCCGGCCCUCCUCAACCUUCCCCCCUCGC